AUGUACAGGAUGCAACUCCUGUCUUGCAUUGCACUAAGUCUUGCACUUGUCACAAACAGUGCACCUACUUCAAGUUCUACAAAGAAAACACAGCUACAACUGGAGCAUUUACUGCUGGAUUUACAGAUGAUUUUGAAUGGAAUUAAUAAUUACAAGAAUCCCAAACUCACCAGGAUGCUCACAUUUAAGUUUUACAUGCCCAAGAAGGCCACAGAAUUGAAACAUCUUCAGUGUCUAGAAGAAGAACUCAAACCUCUGGAGGAAGUGCUAAAUUUAGCUCAAAGCAAAAACUUUCACUUAAGAGAUACCAAGGACUUAAUCAGCAAUAUCAACGUAAUAGUUCUGGAACUAAAGGGAUCUGAAACAACAAUGAUGUGUGAAUAUGCUGAUGAGACAGCAACCAUUGUAGAAUUUCUGAACAGAUGGAUUACCUUUUGUCAAAGCAUCAUCUCAACACUGACCUGAUAAUUAAGUGCUUCCCACUUAAAACAUACCAGGCCUUCUAUUUAUUUAAAUAUUUAAAUUUUAUAUUUAUUGUUGAAUGUAUGGUUUGUUACCUAUUGUAACUAUUAUUCUUAAUCUUAAGAUUAUAAAUAUGGAUCUUUUAAGAUUCUUUUUGUAAGCCCUAAGGGCUCUAAAAUGGUUUUACUUAAAUUAUUUAUCCCAAAAUAUUUAUAUUAUGUUGAAUGUUAAAUAUAAUAUAUAUGUAGAUUGGUUAAUAAAACUAUUUAAUACAUUUGAUAAAUAUAAA